AUCUUCUCAUCAUGGCAAACGACGCCGCCCUCAGAACCUCUCUUCUUUGGCUGGCGGCGGUUAUACUGCUGGUUGGCAUAUUCACUCACUCUCCAAAGAAGAUGAUCGUUACUUAUGUUGUUGGAGCCGUGGGCAUUGCCGCCCUUCUCUUGCCUGACUGGGAUUACUUCGAUCGCGAUUUCUCCCGCUGGCCCUACCCUAUUACUGCCGACGAGAGGGCUUCUCUUCUUUCUCACGGAUCUGCUUUCGUCAGGUUUACCAGUUCUCCCCUGCGGCUGAUUGGUUACGGUGCAAUUUACGGAUAUGCUUUGCACAAAUGGUGGGAGUAUGUAUCCGAGUAGUCAGUUUUGUUGCCCCUUUUUCUUACAUUGUGUUGAUCAGUUCAAUUCGAAAGAAAUUAUAUUAAUUCUGUCUGCAGCUGCGGAAGAAUGCUCUAUUUAUUUUCUUACAGAGUAGAAAAUAUAGCGGAAAAAUCAUGGUUACAUUCCUUUUUCUUCCCUUUAAAUCUUAUCAUUAGUAAUGGUUAGUAAAUGAGUAAAUAGCGUUUCCUUCCAAUUUAUCCCUCCAGCCAAAGUCAAUGCCAGAGUGCAUACGAUGCUUGCGUCCCGUUGCGAGGCAUAUGUAUCUUUAAUCUUGAUGACCGGAACAUUACAUUGUCUGUUUGCCCUGUACUGGAAUGAUUCUUUCUUUCUUUCUUUAUGGGCCAAGUAAAGUUGAAUGUUUAUUGGUAAGUGAUAGUAAAUGUGUAAGCUGCAUGUUCUGGCAAUGGGUAAUUAACCUGUUUGGAUCAUUUUUUCCCC